UGUCAUUCAUCUCAUUCUUUUACCUCCCCAACCGCUUCAACCGCUACAACUGCUACAACUGCUACAACUGCUAUUAACAAUUACCGUCAUUACUAUCACCAGCACCACUUCUUCUUCUGUCACAGCAUCAAUCACAGUCUGACAAAACUAACGGCAACGACCUACUUCUACGACAACGACAGCUACUGUAAACCCAUGUUUGGACAACAGACUACACAACAACAACCAAAGCUGCAGUUCCCUACUAACUAUCAUCUUCAGCAACAACAGCAACAACAACAGACACAGACACAGACACAGACACAUCCAAUGGCUGUACCAGUUCCCAUGUCUUUUGCAAAUCAUCAGAGCAUCAACAACACCUCUACUCCUAACAAUUCUUUUGCAGGAACUAUUGACCCCGGUCUCUUGCAGUUGUCUAUGAAUCGUAUGGAUAUGUCACAACUCCAGAAUAUGAACUCACUCUUCCCACCGCAAUCCACAAGUACGACUCCUUCCCUUCUCUCAAACCAAGCCUUACUCGCGCGUGGCAAUGGUCUUGGAAAUUUGGGCAAUGGCAUUGGUCUUGGCACUGCUGCGGCAGGCAACCCAACGAUUAAGAAGGAGACUGUUUCUCCCGACUAUUUGACCUCAGAAAUGGACUUUGGUGAACCAGGCAACAUGCUCUCACCCGGUUCUAGCUCGCCUCUCAACUCACCUCUAAACGACUUUGAUGGCGCAGAUGAUUUCGCUACCUCCAACCUUAACAAUAACGGUACAAGCUCAUUUACCAAGCCUGUUCCUCUCAACAUCCAACCUGGAUCCUAUGGUGAAUCACCAAGAGCUGGCUCGUUAUAUUCCCCUGGACUAGAGUCUGAUUUCUUCCCAGAUGGCGACUUUAGCUUGCCCAAGACCCGUGGUCUGGAUAUGAAGUUUGGUCGUCCUAUGCAUCCAAACUCACUUCCUGCCAACCCCUUCCACAGCAUGUCAAUGCCCGUCCAGCGAUCUGACUGGUUUGGUGGUAUGGGGGCCGAUGGUCACUCCGUGGGGUCGUAUGAAACUCCAUCGGGACUGCAUUUUGCGCCCGGGGAGAUGACUAUGAUGGAUAGCCUUUUCGAAGAAGGGAGCGAUCCAAAGACCAAUAACCGUGCUGUACUUUUGAAUGAGAAGAGGCGACGACGCCGUGAGAGUCAUAAUGCAGUCGAGAGACGUCGACGCGACAAUAUCAAUGAAAAGAUCCAAGAGCUUUCUACAUUGUUGCCGGAUUGCUAUAUCGACUCUGCCAAUAAGCCUAACAAAGGUGUAAUCCUCCGCAAGUCAGUUGACUAUAUUCGCCAUCUUCAGCAAUUGGUAGCCUCUCAAUCAAACAGGAAUCAGGAAUUAGAGGCGCAGCUUCAGGGCAAGGCUCUUAACAUGCAGACUGUUAACAGUGGUACUAACAAUACAGGGAGCGGUCUCGAUAUGAGUGGUGGGAAUGGAGCGAAUGGAACCCCUCAGUUGCAACAAGGCUUUGGGAUGAUGCGGAUUGUACCUGGUAGCGGCUCGAACAACGAUCUUCAGAACUAAACGCAGACAUGCCAGGCCACAAGUGUACUCACAAAUUGCACAACAACUGUUUGCAGGAUUUAUCCAUAAAUGCUACAGAGGCCAUUGCUUUUCUGUGUUCUUUUUUCUUUUUUCUUUUUUCUUUUUUUCCUUUCCGUUUGUUCUUUCUUUCUUUUGAGUUGUUCUGUACAAGGGUCACGUCUUGCAGCUACAGAAACAGUGCAGGCGAUUGUUUGUUCUGAGCGCGUGAUUCGCGAAGAUACCCCCCC